CGGUGCGAGGGGCCGGAAGUUGUGGCCCGGCUGUGUCAACCCAGGGGCUGCCGGCUGAAGGUGCUGCUAAGACCGCUACCAUGGGCGGGAAGAACAAGCAGAGGACUAAGGGGAACCUGAGGCCUUCAAACAGUGGCCGAGCUGCAGAACUCCUUGCCAAGGAACAGGGAACGGUGCCUGGAUUUAUUGGUUUUGGAACAUCUCACAGUGACCUAGGCUAUGUUCCUGCUAUUCAAGGAGCUGAAGAAAUAGACAGUCUUGUGGAUUCUGAUUUCCGAAUGGUGCUGCGGAAACUUUCUAAGAAAGAUGUCACAACAAAACUAAAAGCAAUGCAGGAAUUUGGUACCAUGUGUACAGAGAGAGAUACGGAAAUUGUAAAAGGUGUUCUUCCAUACUGGCCAAGAAUUUUCUGCAAAAUUUCACUUGAUCAUGACCGCCGGGUUCGAGAAGCCACACAGCAAGCUUUUGAAAAACUUAUCCUGAAAGUAAAGAAACACUUGGCUCCUUAUUUGAAAAGUGUAAUGGGCUAUUGGCUCAUGGCUCAGUGUGACACUUAUACACCAGCUGCCUCUGCAGCAAAAGAUGCCUUUGAAGCAGCUUUCCCUCCGAGCAAGCAACCUGAAGCCAUAGCAUUUUGUAAGGAUGAAAUUACAAGUGUGCUGCAGGAUCAUCUUAUAAAAGAAACUCCUGAUACACUCAGUGACCCACAAACUGUUCCAGAGGAAGAGAGAGAAGCUAAAUUCUAUCGAGUUGUAACUUGUUCCUUAUUGGCAUUAAAGAAAUUGCUUUGCCUCUUACCUGAUAAUGAGCUUGAUUCUCUGGAGGAGAAAUUCAAGUCUCUUUUAUCACAGAAUAAGUUUUGGAAGUAUGGAAAACACAGUAUACCUCAGAUCCGCUCAGCUUAUUUUGAGUUAGUUUCUGCUUUGUGCCAGCGUAUUCCACAGUUGAUGAAAGAUGAAGCAUCCAAAGUGAGCCCCUCUGUUCUUCUUAGUAUUGAUGACAGUGACCCCGUUGUAUGCCCAGCUCUCUGGGAGGCUGUGCUUUAUACACUUACAACUAUUGAGGACUGUUGGCUUCACGUAAAUGCAAAAAAAAGUGUGUUUCCCAAACUGUCAGCUAUGGUUCGUGAAGGAGGUCGGGGUCUGGCUACUGUCAUAUAUCCUUAUCUUCUGCCAUUUAUCAGCAAACUCCCUCAGUCCAUUACAGAUCCAAAGUUGGAUUUCUUCAAAAAUUUUCUUACCUCCCUAGUUGCAGGGCUCUCAACAGAAAGAACAAAAACCAGCGUUUCAGAAUGCUCAGCAAUAAUAUCUGCAUUUUUUGAAUGCUUACGUUUUAUAAUGCAACAAAACUUAGGUGAGGAAGAGAUAGAAGACAUGCUCGUCAAUGAUCAGUUGAUUCCUUUUAUUGAUGAAGUUCUCAAAGACCCAAGAUUACAGGAUGGGCAGCUGUUUAACCAUUUGGCAGACACUUUAAGUUCAUGGGAAGCCAAAGCAGAUUUGGAAAAAGAUGAUAAAAUAGCUCACAAUUUGGAGAAAGUGCUACUGAAUUUCUGGGAAAGAUUGUCAGAGAUCUGUGUUGAGAAAAUCAGUGAGCCAGAAGCCAAUGUUAAGUCAGUUUUGGGUAUUUCUGACCUAUUACAGAUCCUUCAAAAGCCAAAGAGCUCCUUGAAGUUAAAUAGAAAAAAAGUUGGAAAGGUUAGAUUUGCUGAUGAGAUGCCCGAAAGUAAUAAAGAGAAUGAAAAAUGUGUCUCCUCAGAAGGAGAGAAUAGUGAAGGCUCUGAAUUAAUGGCUGAACCUUCUCUAACUCAGAAUUGCUCGGACCUUAUAUCUCCGCUAAGGAAAAAGCCUUUGGAAGACUUAGUCUGUAAACUAGCAGAGAUGAGUAUUAAUUAUGUCAAUGAACAAAAGUCGGAGCAACAUCUAAGGUUUCUUUCCACUCUGCUCAACUCCUUCUCUUCAAGCCAAGUAUUUAAAGUGCUACUAGGAGAUGAAAAACAGAAUAUUGUUAAAUCCAAACCUCUUGAAAUAGCCAGACUUGCACAAAAAAAUCCCGCAGUACAGUUUUUAUACCAGAAAAUAAUAGGUUGGCUAAAUGAAGAUCAAAGGAAGGAUGCCGGUUUCUUGGUGGACAUUUUGUACAGUGCCCUCCGUUGCUGUGAUAGUGAUUUGGAAAGAAAAGCUGUCUUGGAUGAUCUCAUUGAGGUGGAUCUAAAAUGGAAUUCUAUUCUUCAGGUCAUUGAAAAGGCAUGUUCUAGUGCAGAUAAACAUGCGUUAGUAACUUCUUGGCUAAAAGGAGAUAUCCUUGGAGAGAAAUUGGUAACCUUGGCAGAUCAUCUUUGUAAUAAGGACUUGGAACCCACGGUAUCCUCUGAACCUUGCUUCUCAGAAAGAUGGACUCUCUUAAGCUUGGUAUUAUCCCAACAUGUUAAAAAUGAUUACUUGAUUGGAGAAGUAUAUGUUGAAAGAAUUAUUGUUAAACUUCAUGAAACUUUAUCCAAAGCAAAGAAAUUGUCAGAAGCUGAAAAUAAUGACUCAUCAGUGUCUUUUAUCUGUGAUGUGGCCUAUAACUAUUUCAGCUCAGCAAAAGGAUGCUUGCUAAUGUCAUCCUCUGAAGAUUUAUUAUUAACUCUCUUUCAGUUAUGUGCUGAGAGCAAAGAAAAAACACAUUUGCCAGACUUUCUUAUCUGUAAACUGAAAAAUACUUGGCUCUCUGGUGUGAAUUUAUUGGUCCAUCAAACUGGCGACACAUACAAACAGAGUACCUUCUUACGUUUAUCUGCUCAGUGGCUGAAGAACCAAGUUCAAUCUUCAUCUUUGGAUAUCACAAGUCUUCAGGUCCUCUUGUCUGCUGUUGAUGAUUUGCUCAAUGCGCUUUUAGAGAGUGAAGAUACUUAUCUUCUCAGAGUUUAUAUUGGAAGUGUAAUGCCAGACAACAGUGAAUGGGAAAAGAUGAGGCAGUCUCUCCCUAUGCAGUGGUUGCAUCGACCUCUUUUAGAAGGAAGACUGAGUUUGAAUUAUGAGUGUUUCAAAACUGAUUUUGAAGAACAAAAUACAAAGAAACUUCCCAGCCAUUUGUGUACUUCAGCGUUAUUAAGCAAAAUGAUAUUAGUUGCACUGAAAAAGGAAAUAGUUCUAGAGAAUAAUGAGCUUGAGAAAAUAAUUGCAGAACUGCUCUAUUCAUUGCAGUGGUAUGAAGAAUUAGACAAUCCACCUAUUUUUCUAACUGGAUUUUGUGAAAUGCUUCAAAAAAUGAACAUUACGUAUGAUAACUUAUGUGGACUUGGUAAUACUUCUGGCCUUUUGCAGCUGUUAUUUAACAGAUCCAGGGAAAAUGGCACCCUUUGGUCUCUUAUUAUUGCUAAGUUGAUCCUUUCCCGAAGUGUUUCAUCUGAUGAAGUAAAACGGCACUAUAGGAGAAAAGAAGGUUUUUUCCCACUAACAGAAGGUAAUAUGCAUACCAUUCAGAGUCUCUGUCCAUUUUUGCCAAAAGAAGACAAGAAAGAAUUCAUUGCUCAAUGUAUACCUGCCCUUUUGGCUUGGACCAAGGAAGAUGUUUGCAGUAUUAAUGGAGGUUUUGGACAUCUUGCCAUUUUCAAUUCGUGUCUGCAAACUAAAAGCAUAGAUGAUGGAGAACUAUUACAUGGUAUAUUAAAAAUUCUGAUAACCUGGAAGAAAGACCAUGAGGAUAUUUUUCUUUUCAGUUGUAAUCUGUCAGAAGUAAGCCCAGAGAUACUGGGUGUAAAUAUAGAAAUAAUCCGAUUCCUAUCCCUGUUUCUGAAAUACUGCUCAUCUCCUUUGGCAGAGAGUGAAUGGGACUUUAUCAUGUGCUCCAUGUUGGCUUGGUUGGAGACAACAAAUGAGAAUCAGGCAUUGUAUUCGGUUCCACUUGUGCAACUGUUUGCCUGUGUCAGCUGUGAUUUGGCCUGUGAACUCAGCGCUUUUUUUGAUUCCACAACACCGGAUACCACUGGCAGUCUUCCUGUAAAUCUAAUCAGUGAAUGGAAAGAAUUUUUUUCUCAAGGCAUCCACAGUUUGCUUUUACCUCUUUUGGUGACUUUUACAGAUGAAAGCAAAGAUACAUCUGAAACAUCGUUUCAGAAUGCGAUGCUGAAGCCCAUGUGUGAAACAUUAACCUAUAUCCCAAAGGAUCAACUGCUGAGUCAAAAGCUCCCUGCGAGAUUGAUUGCUGGCCAGAAAACAAACUUGCCAGAAUAUCUCCAGAAUUUGUUAAAUACAUUAGCCCCAUUACUCCUUUACAGAGCUCGGCCUGUGCAAAUUGCUGUUUAUCAUAUGCUAUACAAAUUGAUGCCUGAAUUCCCACAGUAUGAUCAGGAUAAUCUAAAAUCAUACGGAGAUGAAGAAGAAGAACCAGCCUUGUCACCACCAGCAGCACUGAUGUCUCUUCUUAGUACUCAAGAAGACUUACUAGAAAAUGUCUUGGGGUGUAUUCCUGUUGGACAGAUAGUUACUAUUAAGCCUCUGAGUGAAGACUUCUGCUAUGUUCUGGGAUACCUCCUCACUUGGAAAUUAAUUCUUACUUUCUUCAAAGCUGCUUCGUCUCAGCUUCGAGCUCUGUAUUCAAUGUACCUUCGAAAAACAAAAAGUUUGAAUAAACUGCUCUAUCAUCUGUUCAGGCUUAUGCCCGAAAACCCAACCUUUUCAGAGACAGCUAUUGAGCUCUCCAAUAAGGACCCUAAAACAUUCUUUACAGAAGAGCUCCAGUUGAGUAUUAGAGAUACCUCAACUCUUCCCUACCAUAUCCCACACUUGGCUUGUUCAGUCUAUCAUAUGACACUGAAAGACUUGCCUGCCAUGGUUAGGCUAUGGUGGAAUAGUAGUGAGAAACGUGUUUUCAAUAUUGUAGAUAGAUUUACGAGCAAGUAUGUUAGCAAUGUUCUUUCUUUUCAAGAAAUAUCUUCUGUGCAAACAAGUACACAGCUAUUUAAUGGCAUGACGGUUAAAGCGCGAGCUACUACUCGGGAAGUCAUGGCCACUUAUACUAUUGAGGACAUAGUUAUUGAACUUAUAAUACAGCUGCCUUCGAAUUACCCAUUGGGUUCAAUAACAGUAGAAAGUGGGAAAAGAGUUGGCGUGGCUGUUCAGCAGUGGCGGAACUGGAUGCUACAGCUAAGCACUUACCUCACCCACCAGAAUGGAAGUAUUAUGGAAGGCUUAGCAUUGUGGAAAAAUAAUGUAGACAAACGUUUUGAGGGUGUUGAAGAUUGCAUGAUCUGUUUCUCGGUCAUUCACGGCUUCAACUAUUCUCUUCCCAAAAAAGCCUGUAGGACAUGCAAGAAAAAGUUCCAUUCAGCCUGCUUGUACAAAUGGUUCACGUCUAGCAACAAAUCCACUUGUCCACUCUGUCGUGAGACCUUUUUCUGAGGUUUGUUUGUUUUUGUUUUUGUUUUUUCACAUUGGAAAUGAUCCUGAAGUAAAUCAGGCAAAGACAGUGGAUUUGGAUUCAUCUUCAAGUGUUGAUUUGAGGAGGCGAGUGAGCAUUACUUUCGAAUAAGACCUUAUCUGGAAAAUUAUUUUGAUUAAUGUAAUGAUCCUAAAAUCAGGUUUACUUACCUUUAGAUUGCUUUGUAAAUGUUUGGAAACGUUUUCUUUUACAUAAGAAAAUUACAUAUUGGAGAGAAAAUAUUUAUAUUAAUAGUUUAAUCUCUUUGUAUAUUUAAAAAUAAAUAUGGAAAAACCCUAAAUUACAGAAUUGGAAUUUGUGAACGCAUUGUACAACUGUAUUAUACCGAUAAACCCAGUUUGUUAAUCUGUGUUUUAGAACAGUCCAAGUGAGGCAAAUGAAUUGAGAGAAUUGAUUUACACCUACAACAAAUAUUUUAAGACUUAUUUGUUAGUUAUGACACAAAAUUAAUUAGUAUACUGAUAUUUGUAGAUUAUUUUAAUGAUAAAAUGACAUUAAGCUAUUAAUAUAGCUUAUCUUAAGCUAUUUAAAGCAUGCUCUGAAAUCCUAUAUAUAAAAGUAUAAACUGAACUUUAAGGUGCCUCCAUUUAUCAAGGGUUAUGAAAUUCAGAAAAUUAAAUUCAUGACACUGACCUUUUACUGUAAGAGAAGAAUUUCCUUGUGAAUUGCAGACUUGUCAGUGAAUUUAUUAUUCAGUUGGAAUGAGUCUCCAGGGGGUAAGAAUUUGAAAGAAAUAGGAAUUAGAUUAUUUUAGUCAUGAAGCAGAGUAGUAAUUUCUCUGUCAGGAGCAAAGAAAUAAAUGAGUUAUUUCUGAAACUUAAGGGUGUUGGAAAAACAAAGGAUGUGAAAAUGUUGUAGGAGGCUUUCAAUUUUGUAAGCAAAUUUUGCUCUUCUUACUGGUCAGAGUUACGCUAAAUUAGAGAUUUGGGGGAGCUAAUUUUUUUCUAGCCUUCAGAAAUGCAAGUUAAGAAUUUUGAUACUAAGUAAAAUUCAGUACAACAUGCUGAAGUGGCAUUAAGUGAAAAACUGCCUUUUGUCACAGAGCUAUUGCCCUUAAAAAUUGUGCCCAAAGAAUGAAAGUGUGGAAGUUUGGAACUGGGAAUGAUUUUAUUGCAGUCUUCCAUUACAUGGAAAAUAUUAGCAUAUCUAAGAGCAAGGUUACUUGAAGGAUCAGCUGAUCAUCUCUGUUGGAAAUGUUUGAUUGGCCAAGAGCAACUCAUGUUAAAUAAAAGUACUGCUUACCAUCAA